CCUUGACCACGCAAAUUUUGGAUAGAAAUUCUUUCAACUUUGAUGGCACAUUUAUUGAAUGCAAAAUCCUUUCAACAUUUGUGUAGGUACUUGCGGUUUUCACCCUUUCACAAAAUGCCACAGAAAAAAGGUUGCAGUUUUCUGAAUGAGCCUCGUCUUGUUGCCAGGAAAUUCUUGGCACGACCUCAGAUUGAGGGUGUCGGGGCUGUUGUUAGAAGAAGCAUAGGACGGCUUUGAGACGGUCACAUACAUGUUGCAGAUAGAGGAAAUUGAAUGUUUCAAUUCACAGGCUUCUUCUCAUACUCAAUUUUCCCAAUGGCAAACAUCUCAUGAGGCCUAUAUAACUUUUUGCCAUCAUUGGGCAAAUCUUUUUAUUGGUUAUUUGACUUCUGUUGAAAUCCUUUAUAAAGUUGGAAACAUAUUAUUUUGAUGGACUAAUUAUAAAGGUGAGGCCCAAAAUAAUACAUAAAUGGAAACUGAGGCCAUGUAAAAUGUUUAAUGCCCUUCUCAUUUUCAUGUUUUCAAAAUUGUUUUGUAAAACAAUUGCACAGUAUUUAUCAAAUCCAUUUCUAUUAAAUUUUGAAAAUUGUUUUUAAAAUAAGUGUUUUAAAAAUCAAAAGACAGAAACAGAUGAGAGACACAUUUUUUCAUUCUCUUAUAUUUUCUUCAAGUGUUCUAUUUAAGUGCUUCUAGAACAAACAUUUAGAUAAACACUUUCAAACAUACUCAGACUCUCGGAGGGAGAAUUUGUUUUUUAAAAAACGCAACUUUUUAGAGACAAUAAAAAAAGCAAGCCUAAAUAUAUGGUUUUCUGAUUUGAAUAACCAGAUAUAUUAUGCCAUGCAUACACAUGUAAAAGUUAAUUCACGGUUGCCAAAUCAGCCAUAUUAAUAAGUGACAUCUAAACAACCACGAAAGAAUUGCCCCUAAAGCUGGUUACAUAAGCAAAAAGACAAGAAUGACCCCACAUGUUAAUGUCUUUUAUCUGCUUCUAGAAUACCAACUAAGCUACUACCAACUUGUACCUAAAGUUGUGAUUUGUGAAGGUGCUAUGUAAGUCCCUUCCCUUGUGCCUGUGCAUUUAUUUAUUAAUAGUGUACAAUCUUUUGUCUUAUUAAGGGAGUUAUAAUGCAUGAAGAUUUUGAAGGACAUAAGGGAACAAUAGAAGCUGGUGACUUGCAAUGGAUGACUGCAGGGAGAGGGAUAGUUCACUCAGAAAUGCCUGGGGCUCAAGGAAUUCACUCAAAAAUGCCAGGGGCUCAAGGAACCCAAAGGGGUCUACAGUUGUGGAUCAACUUGGCUUCCAAAUAUAAAAUGAUUGAACCAAGGUAUCAAGAAGUGUUGAGUAAGGACAUAGCAGAAGCUGAGGAUGAUGGUAUCAAGGUUAGAGUUAUAGCUGGUGAAGCACUAGGGAUAAAGUCUCCAAUCUACACAAGGACACCAACCAUGUUCUUGGACUUCACUCUCAAACCUGGAGGUCACUUGCAACAACCUAUACCAAAAUCUUGGAAUGCUUUUGUGUAUGUAUUGGAAGGAGAGGGUAUCUUUGGAAACAUGAAAUCUCAGCCUUCAAAUUCUCACCAUAUUCUUCUUCUUGGUGCUGGGGAUGGCCUAGAGGCAUGGAACCAAUCUUCUAAGCUCCUUAGGUUCAUUUUGGUUGGAGCAGAACCUUUGGGGGAACCUCUAGUGCAAUUUGGACCCUUUGUCAUGAACACACAAGAAGAGAUUGAGCAAACCAUUGAUGAUUUUGAGAACUUUGCCAACGGAUUUGAGAAAGCAAGACAUUGGAGAUCUGAAAGCCAAAUUAAUUAAUCUUCAUUUUUAUUUUA